UCUCCUGGCAGCCAUCAUGAAGGGUACGGUCUUGAUCAGCUGUUUCCUCUCCCUGCUGCUUUUGCAGGCCACAGCAGAGGAAGAGGAUUUCACCACCGUCCUCCGAGACAGAUCUCACAUCGAUGAGACGCUGCGGCUCGCAAAUGAAGAAAAAUCAAAAGACUAUGCAGCUGCUAUUGAGAGGUUGCGGAAGAUCUACCACACAUCUAUCAAGCCCAUGGAGCAGGCCUACAAGUACAAUGAGCUGAGGCAGCACGAGAUCUCAGCCUACCCUGGACGAACCCUAGGGGACUCAGCCACAGAUGGAGAGAUUACAUCCAAGCCCAUGGUGCUGUUCCUGGGACCCUGGAGUGUAGGAAAGUCCUCCAUGAUCAAUUACCUCCUGGGCAUGCACGACAGCCCCUAUCAGCUCUACACAGGAGCUGAGCCUACUACCUCUGAGUUCACAGUUAUCAUGCACGGGGAGAAGAUCCGCUCUGUGGAGGGUAUUGUCAUGGCUGCAGACAGCUCACGGUCCUUCUCCCCCCUGGAGAAGUUUGGCCAAAACUUCCUGGAAAAGCUCAUCGGUAUCGAGAUGCCUCAUAAACUUCUGGAGCGUGUGACUUUUGUGGACACUCCAGGAAUCAUUGAGAAUAGGAAGCAACAGGAGAGAGGCUAUCCUUUCAAUGAUGUGUGCCAGUGGUUCAUUGACCGUGCCGACCUCAUCUUCGUGGUAUUUGACCCCACUAAGCUGGACGUCGGCCUGGAGCUGGAGAUGCUCUUCCGUCAGUUGAAGGGCCGUGAAUCUCAGAUCCGCAUCAUCCUCAAUAAGGCUGACAACCUGGCCACCCAGGACUUGAUGAGAGUCUACGGAGCACUGUUUUGGAGCUUAGCCCCCCUCAUCAAUGUCACUGAACCCCCCCGUGUAUACGUCAGCUCUUUCUGGCCAUACGAUUAUGCACCUGACACCAGCCGUGAUCUCUUCAAGAAAGAGGAGAUUUCCCUUCUGGAAGAUCUGAACCAGGUGAUCGAAAACCGCAUGGAGAACAAAAUUGCCUUCAUUCGCCAGCAUGGAAUCCGCGUGCGCAUCCAUGGCCUGCUGGUCGAUCGCUAUGUCCAGACCUUUAAAGAGAAGAUGAGUUUCUUCAGCGAUCCAGAGCUGGUCUUCAAAGAGAUUGUGGAUGACCCAGACAAGUUCUACAUUUUCAAGUCCAUCUUGGCCAAGACCAACGUUAGCAAGUUUGACCUGCCCAACCGCGAUGCUUACCGUGACUUCUUUGGCAUCAACCCGAUCAACAACUUCAAGCCUCUGUCAGCCCAGUGCUCCUACAUGGGAGGCUGUCUGCUGGAUAAGAUUGAGAAGGCAAUCACCAAUGAGCUGCCUGCCUUACUGAGCAGCAUUAACUCUGGCAAGCAGCCUGGCCUGUCCUCCUGCGAGGCCACGGGCUGCGGUGAGAAGCCAAAGAACCGCUACCGAAAGAACUGAGCAGAAUGAAAUAACUUGAGUGGGGAAUGUAAGAAGAGGAGAGAAGGUCUGGUGGAAGCCAGCCCUAAGUUAGUCAGAAUGCCUGUGUUGUUGAGGAGACAGAGGAGGGGAUAUUAGUGUUUGUUUUUGUCCUCAGGAGAAUAUUUGGAGGUGCAUUUAAAGACUGUGGGGUGAGGCCUAUAGAGGGAGGGAUGGGUCAUCGUUUGAAAGGCAGCUUAAAGACACAAGUGCUGAAGAAAUAAGAAGAUGCCACCAAUCACUGAGUUUGUUACAUACACGCCCUCCUCUCUCCCUUGCACAUUCACAGUGGACUGUCUGGGGUUUUUUGGGUUUGGGAAGUGAUGAUGUGAAGACAUGUAUAAUAAAAAGAAAGCUCAAAUAAAAAUUGAAUAUCCUUAGACUGACAACAGUCAAAUACCAGCUCCCAUUUAUGUGAAUAAAACAGGAAAAGUGGAAACAGAGGUUGCAAAUUUGUGUUGUAAAAUCUUGAGAGUUGAAUUGCAGAAUUCCAUAGGCUUCAUAAGCUGUUUUUGACGUAGCUUUUUUUUGGGUGCUAUCACAGCUUUUCUGUUUGGGUUGUCAUCCAAACCUUUGACUUUUACAUGGAUUAACUUUAACAUUGCAUGUUAGACAUCACAUCUUAUUUAAUAGAUGCAUGCAUUUCCUUCUAACGUACAGUUAAUGUAAUAUUCCUCAUGUUAUUGAAACCUGAACCAAACCUGCCAUGCAUCAGAUGAGGCCUUUUUUAUUCCAAGUUUUAUAAAAACUCAUCCGUCCAGGUUGUUGACAACCAGAAAUCUGCUUAUUUCUUAACUGAUCUUUCUGUUUCUGUUUGCAUCUAUAAAUUCGCCAGUCUUUGGCAGAAAUUAAA